GUUUUUUGCAGACGACAUUUCUGUCUGAGGUUCAUAGUUCGGUAAAUCGAACGAUAUAUUUUUUGUCAGACAGUUGAGAAAUAUGGUGUCAGAACGUAAGAGACCAACUGAGUUUGGGGGAACAUUAGGAGCUUGUGUAUUGGUUCUUGGUUUGCCUCUCGCUCUAGAGUAUCGUUGCAAUUCGCUAUAUGCCUUAGCUGUUAGUUUAGUAAUAUUUUUACUGUAUUGGAUAAGUGGAGGAUCAUUUAAAUGGAUUCAUGAACAUUUCAAUCAGUUAGCAUUUGCAGCUUUUGUCUUAAGUGCCCUACUAAGUAUUUUUCUUUUUGUUAAAUCUUUUCAAGUAAAUGAAAAGUAUCUUGCUGAACAUGGCAACACAAAUUCAGAGAUUUUCAACUUCUGGAUGGGUAGGGAGCUUAACCCUCGUAUUUUUGAAAUUGAUUUAAAAUUUGUAUGCGAAUUAAGGCCAGGUUUAAUUGGAUGGCUUAUUCUAAAUUUGUCUUUUCUCUUUCUAAGUUUUGAAAGAGGUACAUUUACUUGGUCUCUUGCUUUUGUUAUAUUAGGACAUAGUAUCUAUGUCAUAGAUGCUCUUGUUAAUGAGCCAGCAAUAUUGUCUACAAUGGAUAUUACCGAUGAAGGUUUCGGCUACAUGCUCAGCUUUGGUGACUUAUGCUGGGUACCAUUUCUUUACACUUUACAAGCACGCUAUUUAUUAGAACAUCCACAACAUUGGAAUAUAUUUGCCAUGAUCCUCUUCCUUGCUGCUUUUCUAGUUGGUUUUGCAAUUUUUAGAGGUUCGAACAAUCAGAAAAACAAAUUUAGAACAAACCCAAACGACCCGUCAAUAGCUCAUUUAAAAACUAUGACUACAAAAUCUGGUAAAAAAUUAUUAGUAUCAGGAUUUUGGGGAAUUUCUCGCCACCCUAAUUACAUGGGAGACCUCUUAAUGAGUUUAUCUUGGUCUCUUCCAUCCGGAACUUGCUUAAUAGCUUACUUUUAUCCAAUAUAUUUUCUUGGUCUCUUAAUAAGUCGAUUCGAAAGAGAUGAAAAGAAUUGUCGGAAAAAAUAUGGCAGCGACUGGGAUAAGUACUGCGAAAUAGUACCCUACAAGAUAUUUCCUUAUAUCUACUGA